AUGGUGCAAGCGAUCCCCGAAAUAAGCAGGCAAUGGAAGGUUGUCGGUGAAAAUGGAUCAGAUUCUCUACAGUUUUCGGAUGAGAAGUCUCCAGAGGUCGGUGAUAGCCAGGUUCUAGUCAAAAUCCAAGGCGCCACCUUGAACUACCGAGAUGUCACGAUUACUGAGGGCACAUACCCUUGGGACGUCAAACCGGACGUUGUCCCAGGGUCUGACGGCGCAGGCACAGUACUAGCUGUCGGAAAGCAUGUUACCCGAUUCAAACCAGGCGAUGAAGUGGUUACGGCGCUAGCUCAGAGAUACAUCGCAGGUCCACUCAGCGACGACCUUCCACAGUCUGGACUUGGUGCCGUACUCGAUGGCACUUUUCGCACCAUCGGAGUCUUCGGCGAGCAGGGUCUCGUCCCGCUGCCUCGAGGCUUGAGCUUCAUUGAGGGCGCAGCCCUGACUUGUGCUGGUGUUACUGCUUGGAACGCCCUCUUUGGACUACCCGGCAGGCAAGUCUCGGCCGGGCAAUGGGUUCUCACGCAGGGUACGGGCGGAGUAAGCAUCUUUGCCAUUCAAUUCGCCAAAGCCGUCGGAGCGAGGGUCAUUGCCACCACUAGCUCUGCCGAGAAGGCCAAACUUCUUGAGAGGCUCGGUGUUGACCAUAUCAUCAACUAUCGUGAGACGGUCGAUUGGGGAAAAGAGGCCAAAAGGUUGACCGGAGGCGUUGGCGUGGAUUUGGUCGUCGAAGUUGCGGGACCAACGACUCUGAGACAAAGUCUUGUCAGCUGCAGACUAGACGGAACUAUCAUCACCACGGGGUUUGCUGGCGGUAACCCGUCUGAGCACGACAUGCCAACGUUUUUGGAUUCGUGGCUGAGCCUAGUUACGGUUCGAGGAGUUUGGUGUGGCAGUCGGUUACAGCUUGAAGAGAUGUCUCGAGCCAUCGAGGCCCACGUAGACAGGUUGCGCCCUGUCAUUGAUCCCAAGGUCUUCAAUCUGGAACAACUAAAGGAGGCGUACGAGUAUCUGCAGUCAGGAAAACACCAAGGAAAAGUUGGCAUUGAGAUCAAUUGA